UUGUUUGUUGUAUAAAUAUGCGACUCCAUUAUUCAAUACCUUUAGAACAUUUCAACAAUGCGUAUUACACUCUUGCUGUUGGCCGUAGGCCUUGCUGUGGUGGCAGCUGUCCCCAGAAAUCAACAAAGGAUUGUUGGUGGAUCAACAACCACUAUUACACAAUAUCCGUUUGGAGUUGCUAUGCUGUAUUCCUGGACUGGUAUUAGCUUCCGACAGGCUUGCGGCGGAACGAUUAUUAACAAUAGAGCUGUACUCUCUGCUGCUCAUUGUUUCAUUGGUGAUACAGCAUCAAGAUGGCGCUUGCGAGUUGGAUCCACCAACGCUAACAGCGGCGGUGUCGUCCAUAAUAGUAACCAAAUCAUCAUGCACCCCAACUACAACUCUCGCACUCAGGACAACGAUAUUGCCAUUUUACGAGCUGCUUCUAACUUCGCGUUUAACAACAACGUGCGCGCUGGAAGUAUUGCGGGUUCUAACUAUAAUCUUGCUGACAAUCAACCUGUUUGGGCCAUCGGAUGGGGCGCUAUUGCUUACAGGGGACAAAGCUCUGAGCAGCUACGCCAUGUUCAAGUAUGGACAGUCAACCAAAACACUUGCAGGCAGCGUUACGCUACCAGGGGAGCAUCUAUCACAGACAACAUGUUGUGUUCCGGCUGGCUCGAUGUCGGCGGCCGCGACCAGUGCCAAGGAGACUCUGGCGGACCCCUCCUACACAACAAUGUUGUCGUCGGUGUAUGCUCCUGGGGUCACGAAUGUGCUCUCGCAUUCUUCCCUGGUGUUAAUGUUCGUGUAUCACGCUACACCUCUUGGAUCCAAUCCAAUGCUUAA